CAGGUCAUAAUAUUUCGGGCGAGCGCGCCAGACCAGAAUUUCAUCAAUCUCCAUUGAGUCUUACUCUGGCGCGUGCAAAGAAUCUUGAAAGAUCCUUAGCCUACGCGGUCGCCAUUGCUGAUAACAACCGCAAUGGACAUCCCACAGGACCGCGUCGAUAAAAUCCAGCGCUUUGCAGAAAAGCGCCAACAAACAGAGGAAAACUAUGCGAAGCAGCCGCUGAGUUCAGCUAGCAUUGAGGCCUACAAUAGAAGACUGGACGAAACCUUACGAGAGCUUCAAGACCAAGUCAGGCGGCAAGAAGAUGAACUGCGCAGGCUACGCGAGAUCAACUCCAUUGAUUUGUCCAAGAUUGGUACCAACACCUGGUCUCGAGUAUCACAGGUGCGCAGGGCCCAGAAAGCGUAUGAUUCUCUGCUGAAGUCCGAGACGGAAUUCCCGCCGCUUGGUUCUCCGCUACCGUCUUUACUUGCGCUUGAGGAGACAUCCCGCCUGGUCAAGGAGACCAAAGUCGCCGCCACGUUGACGGGCGAAAACCUCUCCGCCGCCCGUCAACGGCUGAAGACAGAAGAAGCCAACUUGCGCGACGCGCAAGCCAUCAGAGAUGGGUUACAGCGUCGGAUCCAAAGCGUAACGAGUCAGAAUGCCCAAAAGGAGAAGAAGGCAACCUCCCAGUUAGCAAGGGAACUCAUUGAGAAGAAGCAACGGGAAAAUGACAGGCUCGAUCAGGCAACGGAGGAUACGAAAACCAAUUUGUACGAAUUCAUUGAUCGAUCUCUUGCAUCAAUGCUUGCUGCGGAAGCCCUCGGGGGGCCAACUGUGGGCGAUGCGUUGAAUGUACCUGACGCUACUUUGGAGUUGGGCUACACUAGCCAUGGCAAGCCCAAGAAGCCGAAGGUACAGACGGAAACAACUGACACAGACACCAGUCAACGUCGGAUCGAUCAGAUCCUGCCUCGACAGAACGAGCAAGGAAGGUCCUCCAACCGGAGAGAGGCGGCGGCUCUUGAGAUGCGCAAUCUCCUUGAUGCUUUACUGGAGGCAAGCCCCUCGUAUGUGGAUGUUCGAGAGUCUGCCGCAUCCAGAUUUUUAGUAAGAGCGAAAGUGGCUCAAUUUCACCCACGCGACGCCAGAAGAUUGCGAUUGAUUGACUUUGGACGCACCCUAUAGACUUUCUGCAUUUGUCCAGUCCCAGUGGCGGUCGCAUUGUUCCGCAGGUUCUAUAUAGUACUAUAAUCGAAGGACCAUAUGCGCCUAUUACACUGACCAUGUUAAUGCUCACGAGGCUCCCAAAAGUAACGCCUAUACAUGCACUAAUCGCAAUUGAACAACAAUUACACCACCGCUCAUAUAUCAUAAAGCUGUCAUCAGUCGCUAAAUCCCAGAUGUACGCGGAAAAAAGAUCUCAGAUAGGCAUCAUCCCAAUACGGCUCGGUGCUUGCUUCGGCUUGGAAGGUUUUCGAGCAGAAGAAGAGCGGUUUUCGGCACGAUCACUGGACUUCUUCCGAGUCGCCGCCGUUCUCGUUUUGGCUUUCGCUCCUGUAUUAUAGCGACGUGGACGCUUGCUUGGUUGGCGUUUUCGUGGUUUGCCUUUGCCAGACCCUUCGCC